GCUGACCCCACCCGGCCGGGCUCCUGCCUCCCCGCGCGGACUUCCUGCCUGGGCGCGGGCGGAGGCCCACCCCCUUCCUGCCCGCGCAGCCGGCUCCGUCGGCCAGCGGGACCCGUCGGUGCACACGCCAAGCCGAACUGCGAGCUCCGAGGCAGGUCUCUGCUGACCCCAUCUUGGCUUCUAGCCCUGGACAGAGCAGCUGAAGACUCCUCCGCAGGGCAGCCCCACCCUGAAGGCCAUUGGAAGGAGGGAAGGUAGCCUUUCUCCAGUCAGCUACCCUCUUAGCAGAGCUGCACACCUAGUUCCUGAGGACUGGGACAUCAUCUGGCUUCCCAGGCCCAUGCUGGCCAUCACUGAUAUGUCCUUCCGGCUGCCAUCUGCAGCGCUGCUCUGUUGCCGUGUGCCCUAUUGCAGGCCUCUGCAAUGCCACUUCGCCCCUUCCUCCUCCUGGCCGUAGGCCUGCGUCUGGCUGGAACACUCAGCUCCAGUGAUCCCAAUGUCUGUACCUUUUGGGAAAGCUUCACUACGACCACUAAGGAGUCCCACCUGCGGCCCUUCAGCCUGCUCCCAGCUGAGUCCUGCGACAGGCCCUGGGAGGACCCCCACACCUGUGCUCAGCCUACGGUUGUCUACCGGACUGUGUACCGUCAGGUGGUAAAGAUGGACUCCCGUCCACGCCUGCAGUGCUGUGGGGGUUACUAUGAGAGCCGUGGAGCCUGUGUCCCGCUCUGUGCCCAGGAGUGUGUCCAUGGUCGCUGUGUGGCCCCUAAUCAGUGCCAGUGCGCACCAGGCUGGCGGGGCGACGACUGCUCCAGUGAGUGUGCCCCAGGAAUGUGGGGACCACAGUGUGACAAGCUCUGCCACUGUGGCAACAGCAGCUCUUGUGACCCCAAGAGUGGGGUGUGUUUUUGCCCCUCUGGCCUGCAGCCCCCCAACUGCCUUCAGCCCUGCCCUGCUGGCCACUAUGGUCCUGCCUGCCAGUUUGGUUGCCAUUGCCAUGGGGCAUCCUGUGACCCCCAGGAUGGAGCCUGCUUCUGCCCCCCAGGGAGAACAGGACCCAGCUGUAAUGUGCCCUGUUCACAGGGCACUGAUGGCUUCUUCUGCCCCAGAACCUAUCCUUGCCAAAAUGGAGGUGUUCCUCAGGGCUCCCAGGGCUCCUGCAGCUGCCCACCGGGCUGGAUGGGUGUCAUCUGUUCCCUACCAUGCCCAGAGGGUUUCCAUGGACCGAACUGUACUCACGAAUGUCACUGCCACAACGGUGGCCUCUGUGACAGGUUUACUGGGCAGUGCCACUGUGCUCCUGGCUAUAUCGGGGAUCGGUGCCGUGAAGAGUGCCCUGUGGGCCGCUUCGGUCAAGAUUGUGCUGAGACUUGUGACUGCGCUCCUGGUGCCCGUUGCUUUCCUGCCAAUGGCGCCUGUCUGUGCGAACAUGGCUUCACAGGCGAUCGCUGCGUUGAGCGCCUCUGUCCAGACGGCCGCUAUGGUCUGAGCUGCCAGGAGCCCUGCACCUGCGACCCAGAACACAGUCUCAGCUGCCACCCGAUGCACGGCGAGUGCUCCUGUCAGCCAGGUUGGGCCGGCCUCCACUGCAACGAGAGCUGCCCUCAGGACACGCACGGCCCCGGCUGCCAGGAGCACUGCCUUUGUCUGCACGGCGGGGUCUGCCUGGCCGACAGCGGCCUCUGCCGGUGCGCACCCGGCUACACGGGACCUCACUGUGCUAACCUAUGUCCACCCGACACUUACGGGAUCAAUUGCUCCUCCCGCUGCUCCUGCGAAAAUGCCAUUGCCUGCUCUCCCAUCGACGGCACGUGCAUCUGCAAGGAAGGUUGGCAGCGUGGUAACUGCUCUGUGCCCUGUCCCCCUGGCACCUGGGGCUUCAGUUGUAAUGCCAGUUGCCAGUGUGCUCAUGAGGGAGUCUGCAGCCCCCAAACUGGAGCCUGUACUUGCACCGCUGGGUGGCACGGAGCUCACUGCCAGCUUCCCUGCCCCAAGGGACAGUUUGGUGAAGGUUGUGCCAGUGUCUGUGACUGUGACCACUCUGAUGGCUGUGACCCUGUUCAUGGACAGUGCCGAUGUCAGGCUGGCUGGAUGGGCCCACGCUGCCACUUGCCUUGCCCAGAGGGCUUUUGGGGAUCCAACUGCAGCAAUACCUGUACCUGCAAAAAUGGUGGUACUUGUGUACCUGAGAAUGGCAACUGUGUGUGUGCACCAGGGUUCCGAGGCCCCUCCUGCCAGAGGCCCUGCCCAUCCGGUCGCUAUGGCAAACGCUGUGUGUCCUGCAAGUGCAACAACCAUUCUUCCUGCCACCCAUCGGAUGGGACCUGCUCCUGCCUGGCAGGCUGGACAGGCCCAGACUGCUCUGAGUCAUGUCCCCCGGGCCACUGGGGACUCAAAUGUUCCCAAACCUGCCAGUGUCAUCAUGGUGGAACCUGCCACCCACAGGAUGGGAGCUGUGUCUGCAUGCCAGGCUGGACUGGACCCAACUGCUUGGAAGGUUGCCCACCGAGAAUGUUUGGUGUCAACUGCUCCCAGUCAUGCCAGUGUGAUCCUGGAGAGAUGUGCCACCCAGAGACUGGGGCUUGUGUCUGUCCCCCAGGACACAGUGGUGAGCACUGCAAAAUGGGAAGCCAGGAGUCCUUCACCCUUAUGCCCACCUCUCCUGUGACCCAUAACUCACUGGGCGCAGUGAUCGGCAUUGCAGUGCUAGGGACCCUUGUGGUGGCCCUGAUAGCACUGUUCAUUGGCUACCGCCACUGGCAAAAGGGCAAGGAACACGAGCACUUGGCAGUGGCUUACAGCACUGGGCGACUGGAUGGCUCUGAUUACGUCAUGCCAGAUGUCUCUCCGAGCUAUAGUCACUACUACUCCAACCCCAGUUACCACACCCUGUCUCAGUGUUCUCCUAACCCCCCACCCCCUAACAAGGUUCCAGGCAGUCAGCUCUUUGUCAGCUCCCAGGCACCUGAACGGCCAAGCAGAGCCCAUGGACGUGAGAACCACGCCACACUGCCUGCUGACUGGAAGCACCGACGGGAGCCCCAUGACAGAGGCACCAGCCACCUGGACCGAAGCUAUAGCUGUAGCUAUAGCCACAGGAACGGCUCUGGACCAUUCUGUCAUAAAGGUCCCGUCUCUGAAGAUGGACUAGGGGCAAGCGUUAUGUCCCUGAGCACUGAGAACCCCUAUGCUACCAUCCGAGACCUGCCCGGCCUGCCUGGGGAACCCCGAGAGAGCAGCUAUGUGGAGAUGAAAGGCCCUCCAUCAGUGUCUACUCCCAGGCAGCAUCUUCAUCUCCGGGACAGGCAACAGCGGCAACUGCAGCCACAGAGAGACAGCGGCACCUAUGAGCAGCCCAGUCCCUUGAGCCAUAAUGAAGAGUCUGUGGGUUCUGUGCCCCCUCUUCCUCCGGGCCUGCCUCCCGGUCACUAUGACUCGCCCAAGAACAGUCACAUCCCUGGACACUAUGACUUGCCUCCAGUACGACAUCCUCCAUCACCUCCAUCCCGGCGCCAGGACCGCUGAGGAGCCAGCAUAGUAUAGGAGAAGACCUGCGUACCCUGCCAGGAGCAGGGACUGGACCAGCAGGCCACGAACAGACGCACUUGGUGAAGUGAACAGAGACUGAUAGCGGCUCUCUGCUUCCACCCAGGGAGACACUAGUUGGCAAAGUGUCUAACCCCCCCUUUCUAACCCUUUUCCAACUGUUCCUCAAGUCCCCCAGGCCCUGUGGACAUAAGCUGGUGGGCAGAAUGUUGUUGUACAAGUCUGAUUUUAGAUUGAUUUUUUUUUAAAUCUGUGUUGGGUACCUUUUCUGUGUGUGUGCCCAGGCAGGCUGUGUGUGUCUCUAGUUGGUUUUAGAGGAUGCCAGGUACAGGUUCUGCCUUCUGUACUUCCCAGAUCAACUAGCAGUCGGCUUCCUUUAACUUAGCUAGUUAAAGCUCUAACACAGGCCCUAACUACCUGUUCAUCCUCCACUCGGUAAUCCUCCAUGUCUUUGCUCAGAGGUUUGCUCCCCACCUCUGGUGUUUGUCUUUCUGGUACACUGUGGACGAUGUACAGUCAAACUUUCCACGCCUCCAUGGCUCUGCAGCUUACCUCUCCUGUCUGGCUUCACUCUUUCCCAGAAUGAAGGCUGUCUGGCACCCUUCUUCCCAUCCCAGUAAUUGACAGAUCUCUGUCCAGCCUUCCUUAGUGACCUGUUGAGUCCUGCUGUCCUUCACAUAUUCCAGAGAGCACUCACCCAGCGUCUCCUUCAUAGCUUCUCUCUUCUUCUUGAAGGCCGAAGUGGUGUCAGGCAGAGAAUGGGUUUGUUUCAUUUGUCUUGUUUUUGAGACAGUGUCUCACUAUGUAGUCUUGGCUGACCUGGAACUGAGGUCAGCCUGCCUCUGCCUCUUGAGUACUGAGUUUAAAGGUGCAGGCCUCAAGGACAGCUCAAACUGCACUCUGAUAUGGGUUCCAUAUCAGUUACUAGGUUAGCCUCUGCCUCCCCCUAGUGGGGAGGUUGACUUCCAGCUCUCUGGAUGCAAGACUCCUGUGUUUAUGCUCACUCACUAUUGGUUUCCCUUGGCACACAGUAGUCACUCAAUAAAUGUUC